CCUUCUAUAAAAGGGUUCCCCCCGCUCUUUUUCUGCAAAUUUUUGCCGGGAGCCUCCAUGGAUCCUUCUCAUCAAGCCUCUCCUCCCGCCUUCACCUUCCUCCACCCAAACCGUAACCUUGUCCCUAAUUUCGCCUUCACCCAUCCAAACCCUAACUCCAAUUUGUCCUUCGUCCCUCAAAACCCUAACCCUAGCUUCAUCUUUGCCCCUCCCCCUCCCCCUCCCGCCUCUAUCCCUCGACAGGCGCCCCCAGACCUCCGGGCAACAGCUUCUCUGCUGAAAUCACUGAUCGAUCAUGCGGAGCGUACGGUCAAAGAGGUCUCCGAUCUCCUCCAUCUGCAGAAACCCCUUGCUCAGGUCCAGUUCUCAUCUUGUCCGUACGAUUCCCGGCACAGAAUGCCGCCGGAGGACCUAUUCCUUCACUAUCUUCGCUGUCCUUCUGCGCCUGGGAACGUCGACCCGAAGGAGUUGCCCCCGCCGAGCUAUCGGAGUUCGCUUAAAUCGGAGCCGGACUUACCGUCGGAGAACCACUUCUUCGGUCGCCUGGAAGAGUCAGGGGAAGAUCUCUGCUUUUCCCUCGAUGAGGAAGCGGGAUACAACGCUAAUUUCUUUUACAGGGACUGUCCUGGUGUGGUUGGGCCCCCGAUUGAUGCGGAUACGAAGCGCAUUUUCACUCUUCCUCCCGUUCUUUCUGCUGAAUGCGUUAAUUUUGGUAGCAAAGAAUUGGACAUCAAGAAUCAUCGGCCGAGAUUCCUUCCUUCAGAGUUCUGGGAAUUGAAGCGUGAGGUGAUGGGAUGGAUUGAUUAUCCGGCUAGGUGUUCUUUCACCGUGCAUAGGGCCGUUUUGUGUUUGGGUAACCUGAAGAAGGUCGACGUGAAGAGAUGGAUAGUUUCAAAUUCCCCGUUGCAUGGGAUCGUAAUAGACGCUGAUAUGCGAGAUCAUUUAUUCCUUCUACUGAAACUCUGUUUGAGAGCAGUGUCAAGAAAUGCAGACUGUUGUAUGGAAGAUAUCUCCGGGAAUUGUUAUUCUGACUGUCCGGUUCUUUUCGAGAGCUUGUCAUGGUUGGGCUCUCAGUUGACAAUUUUAUAUGGACAGGUAAACGGGAAGCUCUUCGCAAUGAACAUGGUCAAGCACAGUUUGCUUGGUGCUGCUCGUUCUUCGUUGUUAUUCCAAAUAGCCGAUGAGCUUGAAGUUGAGUGCCAUGUCGAAGAUGGUCCAGUUGACAGGCCUUCUAGAAUUGGAAAUUAUGGUGAUCAAAGAUGUCCAGAUGGUGGACAAGUACUCGGCGGAGAAGAGGUUUACGUAUCACGAGUAGCUGCUGCUGUAGCUGCAUUGUUUGAGCGUGCUUCGUUGGAGGAAAGGAUAAAGGGUUUGCGUCUGUCUGGAGCACCCUCCAAAUUUCAACGGUUAACAGAGCAUGCACAGGUUUCUACUAGGGCUGAUGAAGUGCGCAGAGGGCGCCUUGAGUAUAGACCUAUAAUUGAACAUGACGGACUUCUGUGGCAACGAUCUCAAGACCAGGAUGAUGGAAGAAAGCUCAAGACAAAGGAGGAGCUCUUGGCUGAAGAAAGAGAUUAUAAACGUCGGCGAAUGUCAUAUCGUGGCAAGAAGGUUAAACGGACACCAGUACAGGUGUUAAGGGAUAUAAUUGAAGACCACAUGGAUGAAAUUACACGUGCUGGUGGCAUUGGAUGCUUUGCAAAAGGUGCAGAAAAAGGAGUUUUGUCUCUUGAAGCUAUUUCUGGCAACACUGCGACCGCAGAUAUUCAUGAAUCUCAGGGUGUCUCCUAUUGUGCAUCAGAUGACAGACUGUUUGUAAAGAAUGAUAGAAAUGUUUCUUAUGUAACAGAAGAGGUCCAUUUGCGUGGGGUCCAGACAAGCAAAAGCUAUAAUUCACAAAGUGUUUCAAACAAGGGAAAUUGGGGCGAGUCAAUACAUUAUAAUCACCAAAACAGCAGUCAAAAGGCCCUGAGUAAGGAUAAACAUGAUAGAAGUUACAGAUCAAGAAGCCCACCUGGUGUGAGAAGUGCCAGGGAAUACCUGGAUAAGUAUGAGCAUGGGGAAAGGAAAGAUCGUAUGGACGUUCGGACGAAAAGUAUGCACUCUUCUAGAACAGGGAACCACAGUGAAAGAUCACAUUCUUCAUCAAGACAAAGGGUAUCAAAUGAAAAAGGUUACACAGGAUGGACAAUAAAGGAAGAUAGAUGGAGCAGCGGGAUGUAUGGAGGAACUUCUUCAGAAUCUAAUACACUACAUAUGUUGGAAGAUAGAUAUGAUCCUUCUCUGUCAUAUAAUUCAGAAACCUAUGGCUGUGAUUAUUAUGGAAGCUAGUGAUGGAUUGAAGAUCAGCAUGCAUAUAGUGGAGAUGUGUCCAAGAAAUUUCUUCACUGAAGGAUCCAAAGAAAAAGUGAUGAAUGAGUGGCCUUUGUCAGGGGAGAGGAGUAAGUUUCAAAUUCUUGAUUUUUUGACAAUAUGUGCCUCCUUUUAAAAUUAACAAGGUUCAGUCAUAUGUUUGUGCAGUAAGAAGUUAUUCAGGGUUCGAGAAUUUUUUUUCUGCUCCUGUAUCCUUCUUUGUAUCCUUAACUUAUAAUUUUGGCAUGAUCAAGGCAUUGAGUGUUCUCAAUCUAUCACUUAGGUUUUUAUUGCUUCAUUCCUUCUCCUCCUUGUGAAUUGAUUCAUCCUGCAUGUUAUAUUUGACUAUAUCCUGUUAUAAUAUCGUUUUGCUACAUGCUGGUAUGAUUUCCUAGAUCAUCAUAUUACAUCUAUUUUCGUCUUAGGCAUUUGGCACAUACUGGUAAUGACUUGUGAAAUGCCUUUUAUGCAGUAUGUUCUUGUUUAUUUAUGGUGAUCCGAACCCUUUGGGAUCAAUAGAUAUGGUUGGCUUAAGUAACACUUUGUUGAUUUUGUUGAAUAUUAACCUAUGCAGCUAUAAUUUAUUUAUCAUUUUAGCUUAUCCUUGUGAUUCACUGGUGUCAAGAAUUUAUCUUGCCUUUUCUUUUUGUUGUUUCCAUUUUAUUGGAAAGAUAACAAUUUCUAUUGGAGUUGACAAAGCAAUAGGCCUUAUAAAGUCAUCGAAACUAGCAUUAGUCUUGUGUUCUUUUGUGUUGUUUCUGUUUUAUUGGAAAGAUAACGAUUUUAAUUGGAGCUAAAAUAUAGUAGUUGGUCUUAUCAGGUCAUUGAAUAUAUCAUUCCCUAAUGUGGUUGGCAACAGACUAGCAUAGAUCAUCCAAAAUUUCUCAUAGGCUGUUCACAAGCUGUUUCGAAUCGAGCUGAGCCAGCUCAAACUCGGCUCGAGCUUGAGUUGAGUUCAAUUUCAUUAGCUUGAGCUCGACUCCUCUCAAGCUCUUACAACUCGAACUCAGCUCAAUUAAGCUCGAGCCUAAGAUUGACUUGACUCUAAGCCUGGGCAUAGGGUUGGGUACCGGGUACCCAGCCCAAAAAAAAGCACCCGCGGGUAGCCCCGACUAAGCGUGAUUCGGCCUGAUAAUUUUUUAAUAUUAAUUUUAUUGAUUUUUAUAUAUAAAUUAUAAUAUUUUAUUACUAUUAAUUAUAUAUAUAUAUAUAUAUAUAUAUAUAUAUAUUAUAUAUAUAUAUAUAUAUAUAUAUAUAUAUUAAUUUGAAUCGGGCUGGGCCCGGGCUCGGGUUUCAAGUGUUGGGCCAGCCCGAUGCGCAUGCCUACUUGACUCUUGAGCCAAGCCAAGCAUUCAUUAAAAAAUUAUUUUUUUUAAAGCGGCAGCAUGUGGAAUCUCCCACGUGCUAGUCGCGUAUAUACCCAUUUGAGCAGCCUACCUUUUUUGAUAAUUUUAUGAGACGUAUUUUAUAUAUAUUUUUUUCGAGCUUAAUUAAGUUUAACCGAGCCGAGCCCACUCAACUCGAACUCGACAACUCAUUUAUGUUGUCGAGUUCAUUUCUUAACUCGAACUCGACCCGUUUAAUAUACGAGUCAAGUUUAUCGAGCAAGUUCGGGUUGAGCUUGAGUUAGCUCAACUCGUUGAACAGCCCUAUUUGCAGCCUCAUCAUUUUGUGCAUAAUUUGUGGAAUUCUUCAGAGGAACUUUUUAUUGGAUAACUUCCAUGUUUUGUCAUGAAAAUUCUGGUAUAGGUUUUUGGAUUGAUGGAUGGUAGUUCUGGUAUUAUGUUCUGGUUGUUUUUAUGUUAUGUCUAUUUUCACUUAUGUGUUUCUUCAAUUUGGUUACUGGAAUUGGAAUCAAAUUAUUAAUGUGGAUUCAGGUCUUAGUUCUAGGAUGGACUGUUUAAACAAGUGCACUAUGUUUAGUAUUUCAUUAGCCUUUAGUUACCAUGUAUGGACUGUUUAAACAAGUGCACUAUGUUUAGUAUUUCAUUAGCCUUUAGUUACCAUGUCUGUCUGAAAGUGGUUGCUGGAUCUGGAGAGGAGUAUGUUAGUUUGUUUUGCACUCAUUUGUAAGGAGAUGCCGAACAAGGUGUUCACAAUAUUCUGAAUGCAACCAUGGUUUUAUAUGAAAUUGUCUUUUCUAGAAGUUAGGUGAAAGAUAAGAGGAUUUCUACUAUUUGAAAAGUAAUUGGAAUGAUAAGGGCUCCAGCCAUGUGCUUAGUGGUUUCAUAUUGGUGCAUCACACAGCAUUUGUCUCUGAUAGUUAUGAUUUAGUUUGUGUAUUGUUAAUUGUGACGACUUAGGAUAGAAAUUAGUGGUAUUCAUGUCAAUGAAAUUGGAGGGACAGUGACAGAACUAGGAGAAUGAUCAAGUUCGCGAUACUGGAUGGACAGUCUUGCUUUGUCUGCCAUACUAAAUGGAUGUGAGGAUUUGUAUAAAGACCAAUUAUGAAGAAUUUUUAUCAUGAAUAUGCUUGAGUAUGCGUCUCCUUUUAUGUGUCUUGCAAAUAAACUUGGGUGGUGAUGGCUUGGGUAUGGUUUUUCUGAGAAACAACAUAUCCUCAUGGUUCUUCAUUUAAAGAUGGAGUGUUUGUCAGGGGGUUGGCAGCAAUGCAUAAUUAGUGGAACACAGCCCGUAUUUGUAAUUCAAGCUGAUGAAAGGGCAACAUGUGUAUAAGGUUCUUCUGAUUCACUUUGUUUUUGUUUUAAGGAAAACACAUCAAUGACCACCUCUUAAAGGGACCAUGUUGGUCUGUUUGCUAUUUUCAUCAGUCACUUGCAAUUUUAAGCUAAUUUAAAAUUUUAUUUUCCUUGUAGUGGGGGGAUUUACGGGAAUGAAUAUCAGUGAAAAUUAUAUACCUUGUAAGCCUACAUAACCAUAUGGUGUAAGCCUACAUAACCCUAUAAUGAGGUUGCAUGACAUUUUCUUUAAUGUGUAAGAUCUCUUUUUACAUUCUUAUGCUUGUUUCCCUCUGUUGUCCUUUCUGGAUGUAUUUUGGCUCAAUGUCUGUAGAGCUUUGGCCUAUAUGACACCCUAUCCCAAAGAAGAACCUUAACAAGAGCUGCUGAAAUGUUGCUUUAUUUCAAAUCUGACCGACUUAAGCCAAACCUAUUCGUAUAAUCUUACUCUUUCAGCCAUAUGUAGCCCAAAAGGAAACCUGGAUCUUCAGGUUGUCUGCCUAAAGGAGAAACACAGGGUAUGGGGCAAAUUGUGUGGGCAAAAACCUAGGACUAGCAUUUUCCUUAGAUCUGGUCUAGGCUCUUUAAGUCUAGACUUAGGCCGUUCCAUCCGGAAAGAAAUGGCUCUUCCACAUAAACCAACAAAUUCACAAUUAAUAUUGGUUUAUGAUGACCACUACAAUGCAUGAAAGUCAAAGAGGACAACACAGUGGACAGAAGAGGCCCCGUGCAUACCAUGUUCCUUUUUGGUAGUUUUAUUAGAAAGGAACAGGAAGUAUCACGGCGUAGGUUAGUCCUUUAACAAUAUAUCAGUGCAAAGUUUCUUGAAGAUACGAGCCUCUUUGAAGUUUUAGUCUUGGUUGUGUCAGUAAAGCAGGUUGUCAAUUGCGGUAGAAAAUAUUAAUGUCUAAUUCUUUUGAAUGUACGGACUCCUCUUGAAUGCUUGAUCGAGACCAUACAAUGGUAACUUCAAAUUUCACCGGUAGUAUAUGAUGCAGGUGGAUAUAUCGCAUCAUAUCUACACAAGCCAAAACAGUUGAACAUUGUACUUAGUAAUUGAUGGCCUUCAUUGUAGCGCAUGAUUGUGCUCCAUCAAGAUCCACAGCUAAACGGAACAAUUCACACAGUAGUGUGACAUUCACUGCUUGACUUUAAUGAGGAUUCGAGUGGUGCUAUUCGCAAGUCUACUGCUGCUUGUAUGCGGUCCAACUUCUGCAAGGAAAUAUGUUCUUGGGACCAAGGCAAAAAAAAAAAAGGUGCAGGCAUGUAAAGUUUAUGUGUAAUUUAUGCCACAGCAUGGUGUCAGGAUUUUUGUGAGCCAUGUGAUGUGAUGGGGCAAUAUUUCUGGUACAUUAGCAUUGCAGACCAUGGAGCCCUACCACAUUGACUACUAUUUCUACAAUUUUGUCCCAGCGUCAAGGACUGUGGUAGUUUAAUACUCAAGUGGCCCAUGCACGUCUAUCUUAUUGCUUAACAAGUUAUUCCACUUUUGCUUCGUUGUAGUUUGGCGUUACCCGACAUGCAAGGACCCUUCUGGCAGCGAUUUGGAGCUGAAAAUGGCUGCCUUUGUUUCGGUGGUGUUGCUGAAGAUUUCAUUAGAAGUACAUGUUUCCUGAUGAUUAUUAAUGUUUUGUAUUACAGGUAUGCCAGCAUAUGUGCUUUUUAAUCCUCAUAUAUUUGAUGUUCUUUUUGUCAA